AUGUUUAGCAGCAGCAACAAUAGCACCAGUGGAGGCAACAAAGGUAAGAGGCGCUCCUUCUUUUUGUGGGGGAGCAGUGGUAGUUUAAGUGGUGGUCAACCUGCUACAGUGACGAAUUCAAGUACAAAUGGUAAGCCUAGUAAUGGUAGUAAUAGCAAGACUUCAACACGUCCUAGUAAUCCCAAGGCAUCUCCUAUGAAAAGUACAUUGGAUAAGAAACCUAUUAACAAUAGAAAUCCAUUUGUGCAGUCCGAUAGACCUGCUACAAUCAACCGAGGUAAGUCAGCCACGGAGCUAAAUAGCACACCUAGGAAACCUUCUUCAACAUCGGAGAAACAUAAAGUCUCUUCUCCCCACGAUUCCACCACGGCUACAGGUGUAAGAAAUAAGCAUUCAUCUUCUCGUCUGACCUCCAAUGAAAAAAGCAGGGUUUCGUCUUCAACUUCACAUAGGCAUACUUCUUCUUCGCAUACGACCUCUUCUGAUAAAACAAGAGAUUCGUCUUCUCACGGGCAUACAUCUUCUCAAACCAGUUCGCAUCCUCACAAGCGGACUACGAGUUCGUCUGACAAGCAAAAAUCAUCAACCUCGUCAACCUCUUCUUCAUCACCAAAGAAAGAGAGUAGUCGAGAGAUUUCCUCAUCUUCAUCGUCUUUAAAGAAGGAACUAAAUGAACCAUUAGCAUUAUCAUCGUCGUCAUCAGGUCAGAAGCCCCUUAGGGCAAGAAGACCUCCACCUCCGGUUGACUUAAGCGUUCUUAGAAACUCUAUGAAACAAGUACCGGAGGGCAGACAACUGGAAGAAAAACCAGAUUUGGAGGCAAAAGGUGUAUUCCCGCCAAAACAGUUAUCGGAGGAACGUGUUGUGGCUUUAAAUUACGUGGAAAGAGGACUACCACCAUCGACCCCACAAGAUGUAAGGGGUGAACGAGAGGGAAAAGGUGAAGCACAAGUUAGUGGAAAUGAGUUUAAUCCAAAGCAACAUAGAAGGCAAAGGUCAGAAGCUGAAAAAUUCGAAGAAGAACUAGACUAUUUCAUAAAGGAACAUAGCGCAGUUCAAGAUAGCCCUAUAUCACAACGUGGAAGUUUCCCAGAAGAGGAGUUAGAUCGUGAAAUUGAUUUGCAAAACGGCUUGGCUACACAUUUGGACCCUGCAAAGGCUUCAAAUAACGAGGAUUUACUAGGAGGUCUAUUGACGUACGUGGACCCUUUAAAGCUUCCUGAAGCAUCACAACGUAAUAGGGUAGCAUCGCCGCCAAGAUUAGCUUCGCCUCCUGUCAUAAAUCCACUACCAAGUGUACAAACGGAGCCAUCGUUGGAACCACCACCACCACUUCCACCAAAGGAACCGUUGGAACCAUUAGCAGCCGUAUAUUCAUCACCACUGCCGGCCUCUGGAACGGAGAGAAAAUCUAGAGAAUUGACUGAAACUGAAAAGCGUAAAUCUGGUACAUCAGCCACUGGUGAUGAACAGGCAGAUAGGUUCUCAUUCACUGAUUCGUUAGCCGAUAACUCUGUGAAAAGUGUUCAACAGGUAGCAUUAGACGAUACUAGGGGAGCCGCUCCAAUUGUUAGUAAUCUAUCCUAUCGUGAUUCUAUGGAUGCUGCUACUUAUGCAGAUAAUAACAACAGGAUGUCGCGUACUUAUACAAACAGUUUGGAUAGACCACCUCUUAUGAAUGAAUCUCUUCAUCAAAGAGAAGAAGACGCUCCUGAAAAUCCAAUUUCAGAUACUGCAUCACUUGGAGAAAUGGUUACGACGAGUAAACCUAGAACUGUGGAUUCUGAAGAGAUAUUUUCUGCGAAGGAUUUUGAUCAAGACUCUGCAAUGCAGCCUGUAGAAGCUAAAGAGCCACCACCACCAAGAAGAAAAUUCAGAGUAGUGAACGAAGACCGUCCAACUUUUUAUAUGAAUGGAUUCGAUGAAUACUUGAACAAGGAUAACGAUGAGUUUGACGAUACAGCAACCCACUAUUCCAUACGAAGCCAUGAAAGUGCCUUCAGCAAAGGGAUUUCCACUGCUCCUAGUGAAAAGAGUAAUACUUAUGUCCCUACCAAUCUCAAUAACCAAAGUUUAGAGAACAACCCUGCGAUCUUUGGUAUAAGAUCAGGGGUUGCCGGUUUAGAUUCUGCAUCGGAGAAAGAUAUUUUGAAGAGUGUGGUCAGCUCUUCGAGAACAAAGGCAGGUUCUAUUUUCACGGGUCCCGGUAGUUUAUCUAAUCACCAAAGCACGAGAAGUAAUAAAAGUAAUAAUAGUUCUACUACUGUCUCCUCCGGAUCGCCUAAGCCUGAUAAAUCGGUGAGACUUGUAUCUAGUUAUGUGGAAGAAUUAAGACUAAAAUAUUAUAGGGCUUCCAACUUCUUACAGGCACCUCCCAAUUUACCGGUUACUUUAAAGCAGAAAAAUAAUUUGGUACAACCCAAAAAUGUUAAAGUCAAAAUUAGGACUAGUUCAAAACAAAUUGGUAUUAAACAUGGUAGAGCGAAACAAAAAUUAUUCACUUUGGAGACUACAGAUGAAGAUGCUAACGAAGAUGGUACUCAUAAGGCCUCUAGUAAUAACAAUAAGAUUAAUGUUGAUCAUACCAGAGAAUUUCACAAUUUGCUCAAUCAAAAGGCAAGCCCCAGUAAAAGGACCGCACAAGACCACAGUCCCUCUAAGAGCAAAGGCGAUGACGAUUUGGAAGAGUUUUUACACGACAUUCCCGGUGAUGAUGCUUAUGACAGUGAUGAUGCCAUGGCUCCAUUGAGGGAAGGAGAAGAUACUGCUGACGCAGAUGUUUCAAGAAGCAACACGGUCAAGAGUUAUUUCACAAAACAAGAAGAAAAACUACAACACAUCAACAACAGUUCACAAUACGAAAAGUUACCUACCAAUAUUAAUAUCCAGGACUAUCUAGAUAAGGACCCAAUAAGUAAAACGGUAUCGACUCAAAGUGGUAAUUCUGGACUUAACGAACCUUUCUCCUACGGACAGGGGCUCCGCGUAGCCAAUCCAGAUUCUUCAUCUGACUAA